GUCACCCCACUUGGGCAGCGCCGCGAUAAUGAAUGGCCGAGAUCGUCCCCGUCCGCCUCCGCCGAGCGAUGCUCGGCGUGGGGAGAACGUAAUGGCAGCGAUGGCUCUAUGUCCAGAGCGGAGAAGUUUGAGGACGAAAAGAAACGCAUUAUCCAGAGUUGCUACUCGAAGAAAGAUGCCGAUGGAACUUCUAAUGCCUUCACAGUGGUCGAAUCAUAUAUCACACAUGUUCGCAUCGUGGAGGAUGCAGCGCAUCCAUCCGCCCCUGCUCCGCCAGACUCGAAUCCCAAGAACAAGAAACCCCGCGCUAUCAUCGUUUCAGUUCGAAGAUCUGGCCGGGUACGAAUGCACAAAGCCCGUGAAAACAAUGACGGGUCAUUCUCCAUUGGCAAAACUUGGAUGCUCGACGAUCUGUCCGCCAUUCAAUCAUACAGCGCCUUCGUCCCGAAGUCACCGAUUGAGCAAAAGCAUAAGGAAUGGGCAGGAAAUGUUGGCUUCGUCGUUACCGUGGGAAAGCCAUAUUAUUGGCAUGCCCGUACAGCCAAGGAGAAAGAGUUCUUCAUUGGCAGUCUGGUCAAGAUCUUCAAGAAGUACACCGGAGGCAAGGUUCCGGAACUAAUUGGAUUCGAUGAGAGGGAACGACAAUUACUUGCAGCAUCUGGCUCUGCUGCACCUGCAGCGCUACCAGGACGAGGCCCUCCCCCGGGCCUUCCUUCUGGUCCUCCUGCCGGCCCUCCUGCUGGCGCUCCACCAGAGCCGCCAGUACCAGCGCAGUCGGCUUACAGCAGUCGCGACCACAGCCGCGAUGCACCACAAGAUAUUAGACGGAAGCCCUCAGAGGAACCUAUGCUUCGAAGUCAGAAGAGCCGUGAACAGUUGUCCCGCCCGUCCACUGCGUCCAAGCCUGCCCCGUCUCCAUUCAGCACAUCUCCUAUGAAGCAACCAAUUGUGCCUCCACGGCCUGAGCCGAAGAGCCAAGAUGCUUUGUCUACUUUCCUCAAUACCUCAGAGGAAGGUGCAGCACUCACAGCCCAUGCCUCCGAUCCAAGAACAUUGGUCCCGAAGAUCAGUACUGAUGGACUGCGACCUACUACUGCCGGCUCAGCUACUAGCGAUAAUCGUGGCUAUCCUCCUAGCCCUGGAAGUAGUAUUGGACCAAAGUCACCCUAUGGCGAAGGUUUUGAGAAAGGUUCUCCGUUGGACCAGGGACCCCGUCCCUCUCAGGACAGGAUUGGCUCAGACGCCCUGUCUCCUUUGGCAACGAAAACUGAAUACGUCGCAUACUCGCCUGCGAGAGUAGAAAUACCUUCAUCGCCAAUUGUGAUUGAGCCCGAAAUCGCAGCUACCGUCAUUGCAGCUGAAGAGCCACCCAAGGCAGUCGAGGAAGAACCGAAGGCAGCAGCAUCGCAACUAUCGCAACUAUCGCAAGCACCGAAACCACUGCCAACAGAAACACCACUGGCAGAGAAAUCACAGACAGAAGCAACACAAGCGCCAAGCAUCCCUGGCGAGCCAUCUGAGGAAGACGAUGACGCACACCGUCCGGGACUGGGUCCCAUGAUCAAGAAAAAGGCAUCUGCAAAGGAUGUUGCAGGCGCUUUCCGAAAGGCGGCCAAUGCGUAUGGCGGUUUCAAGCCUCGGCCUGGUGGAGCCGGUGAGAGACUUCUUGCCGCAGCGAAGAAACAGCAGGCCGAAGAAGCUGGAUCUGAUGGCGUCACCGGCGUUUUUCCUGCUCCAUCUCUCGCACGACCAGGCAACGAGCCCCCGAAGAGUCCUGUGGACGCAACAUCUCCUCGAGAGCCUCCAGCUAUUGUGCCGUCUACUGCAUCUACCGCUGCUGCCGCCACCACUGCUGCCACGGCAGCAGCACCUCCUGCCCCUAGUGAUCCUACCACUCCAACUGUCGAAAUUACGCAGGCUGCCGUUGAAGAGACCCCAUUGUCUCCGGCUAUUGCUAAGGAAGAGUCGAAUACUUCUUUGACAGACAUUGUAAAGGUGAAAGAUCGCUCACGGACACCGUCUCCGGCAGCACAGGUCCGAAACCGGAGGCGACGCGAGGAUCAUACUAUCAAAUACUGUCAAGCCCUUGGCAUUGAUCCCGGUGUGCUCGAUGGACGCGGCAUCGAGUUUGACGACAUCCUCACUGAUUUGGGAUGGAAUGGCCGUCUAGGGGACGAGCAGAAGAUUGAAGAUCUGGAAGCUGAUAUUCGUCGUGAGAUUGGUCGUGUCGAGGCGACGAGCUGGCUUGGCAACCUCGAACAACAAGAAGGCAAGGUUGAGCAGCUUGCAGUCCUCAUUGACAAGACAAUUGAAGAGUGUGAAGAAAUGGAAGGACUGCUAACUCUUUACUCCCACGAAUUGAAUACUCUGAACGAUGAUGUGGCGUAUAUUGAAACUCGAUCUCAAGGUUUGCAGGUGCAAACGGCAAAUCAAAAACUCCUUCAGACUGAGCUCCAGAAUCUGCUAAAGACAUUGUCAAUCUCGGACAACGAGAUGCGUCCUCUCAAGGAAGCUUCUUUAAGCAAUCCUCAUGCCCUAAGAGACACUGAGACCGCCCUGUCAACGUUAUACAAGGCCAUGCUCAUGAUCGAUGCUGACAUUGGUCAAAAUAAGAAGCGGCAGGCCGAUGCUAGUGUGGGAGUCUACGCCAACACCGAAUUUGGCCAAAUGCGUGCCAUCCAGGAGAAGAAAGAGGAGUACCGCUCUGCCGCCUUGGUAUUCUUGCAGCGGCUGGAGCAACACAUGGCAGUAGCUUUCAAAAUGGCGGACCAAAAAUGGAUCGAUGCGAUUGCAUCUACGAUCAGAGAUCCAAUGAAGCUGGACAGCGCCGCGCGGCAGCAAUUCCGGAGUGAAGUCUGGAUGUACCACCCACUUAUGCUGUUUGCCCGGGAGGUCAGUAUGUCCGAAUGGCAGGCCCUAGUCAACCUCUAUGAACAAACAUCAAAGCCAUCCUACCAGAAUGACUUCCGAGAGAAUAGUACAGCGUGGAAGAAGACCGCCAAGAAGCCAACUGGGGACGAGUCGGAACUUCUCUUCACUCACCAGGAGAAAGAGAAAGAGGGCGAGGGUAUUACCAUGGCGGCCCGCAAGCUCACUGUCCGACGAGGCAAGACUGUUCGCGCCGCAGUUGGCUUCCGAUUGGCUUCCAGUGAAAAGAAACAGGGCAAACUUGAGGCUUGCGAAGCAUUUGCCGGAACCCUGCGUGAGACCUUGAACAUGAUUAGUGAAGAACAGAACUUCGUGGUGGAAUAUUUCCACCUCAACUCUCUGGCCACUGCCGAUUUCUCCGACCUGGUGGCCGCUGCCACUUCCCGAUUGGAAGCGAUCAUGGAUGAAGUCUUUUCUUUCUGGCCAAACGAUCUACAGAGCAGUGUCGAUUGGGCGCUGCAGGCCGACCCUAUGCAAGGAAUCGGAAUUUUAUUCGCCUUGGAGACCGCCAUGGCCGACCUUGAUGAUACCAACCAAGAAUUUAUCAUCCACACUCUACAGAAAGUCCACUCUCGCCUGAUGGGAAUGUUCAAUCGAUUCGUCGAUGAACAGAUUCGCGGGAUUGAGGACACCAAAGUCAAGGUCAACAAGAGAAAGGGUGUCAUCUCCUUUAUCCGUGUGUUUCCCCACUUCUCCGCAGCCAUAGAAAAUAUGCUGGCGAAUGGCGAGUUCUGUGACAUUCGCAUUAGCGUGAACGAGGCGUACGAGCGCAUCAAUCGAGCCAUGUGGGAGUCACUCAAGUUUAUUGCCAAGGAAGCACCCGGCCAACCACCGGGCGUAGCAGCGAGUGCCGGUGACCCCGAAGACAAGGAGGUCUUGAACUACCACAUCCUCCUGAUCGAGAACAUGAACCAUUACCUUGAGGAGGUUCAGGUACACAACCUCCCAGUACUACAGCGGUGGUUUGAUCGGGCACACCACGACUUUGAUGAGCACAUGAAACUCUACCUCGAUGCCGUCAUCCAUCGACCCUUGGGCAAGCUGCUGGACUUUGUGCAGAGCAUCGAAAACCUGCAGGCAAACGGCAAUGCAGCCGACAUUGCAAGCCGGGCCAGCCACUCCCGCAUGGUCGCCAAGAAGGUCCUCUCAUCUUACGACACGAAGGAAAUCAAGCGUGGCGUCGACAUGCUCAAGAAGCGUGUCGAGAAGCACUUUGGUGAUGCUGAUGACCCGGGCCUCAGUCGCAGCCUGGUGAUCAAGGUUCUCCGGGAAUGUGAGAUCCGCUACGAAGAGGCAUAUGACCGCACGCGACGGAUCAUCGACACGGUGUACGAUGGACAAUUGGAGCUGGAAUGGCGCAAGGAAGACGCCCUGGCAAUGUUCCGGAAAUGA